GCCAAUCUCAAUUCCACCCCUUACCCCUUCCCCUUACCCCUUCCCCUUGUUUUUGCGCGUUCAUGUGAGGGGUAGGGUCGUCUCGUUUCUCAUUUGGGUAAAGGGCUAGGGCUAAGCCGUAGGGCUACGUAGCCCUUGAAACGAAGCUUCCAACGGACCACACUUGAAAAUGAGGGUUUUGAGGAAUUUCCCAACAUCCACCGCGCCACCUGUCAGGCAGCGAAGUUAACUGUGAAGUGUAAACGCCGACCAGCAAAUCCAUUUGGGAUGGCUCAAGCCAAGGACUCGCAUAAAUGGACACCAGAGGAGACGAGGCGGCUCAUCCGGUUCAGGGUGGCGAGGGAAAGGGAUUUUUUAAAGUCAAAAAUGGGGGCAAAGAAACAGUGGGAGAUCUUUCUGGAAGAAAUGGGGCUGGAGGGGAAAGUGACCGGUCAACAGGCAUCUAAGAAGUGGGAGAACCUAAAGAAGAAGUACAAGGAUUUGAGGAAUCCCAGAACUGGGUCGGGAACUGAUGGUGGAGAGGUGACCGUGGCGACUUGGCAGUACUUCGACCUGAUGCACGAAGUUCUGGGUGCCCGACCAUCAAUCGACCCACCUGUCAUCGUGUCAUCUCUCCAAGAUCCCACGGCUAUCCUCAUGGAGAUUGUGGAGCCUUCCACCCCAGCACCCCCGACAGCACCCAGCACUCCAAUACACCCCACCACCCCGGACACAACCAGCCCUACUGUUCUGCCACCACCAUCCAGAAAGAGGUCCAGAUCUCUUGCAGACCAACUGGCUGAGGAGGCCCUUCAGGAGCAGAGGCGACAUGAGGAGAGUGAGGCCAAGACAGACCGUUUUUUGGUCCUCUUUGAAAGGCUGGUAGACAAGUUGUAG